GCGCCGUACUGAGCCGGCACGUGUGCUCGUACGAGUGCAUGACAAUCAGCUGAGAAAACUGAGAGCAGCUAUAACCCUAUCCUCCCGGCGAAUCCGAGUGUGUGGAGAGGCACCUUCAUUGCAAGCACUCGUGUAGUACAACAGCAUGAGCGUGUCGGAGGGCGCGGGGCGCUCGGUGUGGCGGCUGGGCGGCGCGGCGCAGCACACGCUGGUGGUGGCGCCCCGCGAGCAGCUGGCCGGGCCCAGCGCCGUGCAGCUGCCGCCGCCCGAGCCGGCGCCCGGCCUCAUCCUGCCCGACGGCUCCAUCAACUGGGGCUGCCCGUGCCUGGGCGGCAUGGCCACGGGCCCGUGCGGCGCGCAGUUCCGGGAGGCCUUCUCCUGCUUCCACUACAGCGAGGCGGAGCCCAAGGGCAGCGACUGCUACGAGAAGUUCAGCGUCAUGCAGGACUGCAUGGCGCAGUUCCCGCAGCUCUACGACAAGGACGACGACGACGACCCGGCCGGCGCGCUGCAAGCCGCCGACCCGCCGGCCGCCGACCCGCCGGCCGUCGACGCGCCCGCGGCGCCACAGGCCGCCGACGCUCCGCGCGAUGCCGUCGGCGCGUCGCACUAGGCCGCCGCGCGAAUGGAACCCCCGCCGUGUUCCGACGUGAACUAACCUCGCGAGUGUCGCCACUGCAACGUCAGAGUAAAGUGAACCCAAUGCUAUGGCUGUAAGGACACUCAUUGCUCACGAUGCGCAAUGUAGCAAUGAGUGUGCUUUGUGAUCUGAGGCCAGCCGGGUGUUGCGCUGUCGUAGCUGCGUGGUCGCGUGGCGCUCCGCAGUGUUCAGUCUGCUCGCGGCGGGCGGCGCAGCGGCAGGCGCGCGUUUGUUGCGCGUCUGUUGCGCGUCUGUUAAGAAGAAGAGAUUAGUUUUAGUGUUUUGUGAACGCAUCGCGACUCGUGCCGCUUAUUAUAUUCAGUCUGAUAAUAUGUAUACACUCUACUUUCAUAUCAAGUAAACCAUAAUUAUUAAUAUUUAUUGUACAUAUGUUUUAAUUAAAGUAAAUAUAAAAAAAUAAAUUCCUACGAGUCUGCUUAUUUUAUUUGUUUUACUAUAUUAAAAACAGACUUAACACUAAAAAUAAAUUAAAGGAUUGCUUACGCAAAGUGAGAAUGAAUAGAGUUCAGGCAAAACGAGUGAAUCGAUGUUCGAGUUUUGAUAGCAAUAGCCGGCUGUCAGAAUGUAACAAACCAAUUACUUUGAUUUUACAAGGUUGUUAUCAAUACAAUUAUUAUAAAAACA